UGUGUGUGUCAUCUAUUUUUGAUGAAGCCCUUAUGGCCGAAAGCUGUUUUAAAGAGUCUUCAGCCAAUAUAUUUUGAUAAUGGCGCUUACAAUCACUCUUAUGAGCCAGAGUAUUUCAAAAAAUGGACUGAUUUUUCGUUUCUUGAAGGAAGGGCGAAUCUCUCAAAAUACAGCUUAUCUCAAAACUUAGAAGAAGUGAAGACAGCUCUACCACUUGACCUCUCUGAAAUUUCAAAACAUGAUGCUCCUUGUGUAGAAUGGUAUGCACUGAAAAGAUGCUGGCUAAAGAAACCUGGAGUUACCACAAUUUUUAAUACUUUAACAAGGAUGUUAGAGGCACGUUAAUGAAUUGAAGAACAUGUUCUGUACAGGAAAAUGCAGAGUCUGUGGCUUGGUUUAUUGAAAUACAGUCAGACACCCAAGAUCAGAGAAAUUUUAGAGUGUGAUAUGGGAAACCACCAUCCUCUCAGCCAUCCAUAAGAAAAUGCCACAGGAUCUUGAUGGAAACUGGGAGUGUGGACAUGAAGCACCUUGAAGGCAGACCAGUGAAAAGUGAUGAAGAUAUGGAGAGAAUUCAACAGGUCUUCCAGCAUUCACCACAGAAGUCCGUUUGUAAGGUAUAAAAAGAACUGCAAAUCCUUCAUCCAACAGUGCCCCAAGUACUCCAAAAGCAUCUUCAUCUGUUUCUCUGAACUUGAAUGUCUGACUUAAUUUCAAUCAACCAAGCCACACACUGCACCUUUUCCAUUUUUCAGUUCAUUUAUGUUGCUCUGGUCACUGUGCAGCAACAAAGAAAAAAAAUUUUUUUCAGUUAUGUUGUUCUAGUCACCUGAAAAGACAAAACAUCUGUU